AUCACAAAACAAAUCAAGCUUUUCCCCCUAUUUAUAUAAACCACAAACUUUCAUCAAGUUUCGGACACAAACAUGAAAAAUGUCUCUUUAGUUUUGUGGUUUUGUGUCUUCUUAAUUUCUUUUCUAAGAGAAUCCAAGGUAGCCUCUCAAGGACAAGGCCAUGGAGUUUACAGUGUUUACAUGGGUGCCAAGGGUUCAUCUGAUGAUCAGCUUCAACUUAUGAGCUCCCUGACAACAAGGAGAAAGAAUGCAGUGGUGCACAGCUACAAAAAUAGUUUCUCAGGAUUCGCAGCGCAUUUAUCAGACGUUGAAGCUCAAUCGAUUGCUCAACAACCCGGAGUUGUCUCUGUUUUUCCCGAUCCAGCAUUUCAACUCCACAAGAUGCGAUCAUGGGAUUUUCUGAACCAUCAAUACGAUCUGGUACACAAUUUCCUUUACAGUUCUGGCUCGAAUUCAUCCUCAAAUGGAGCAGAUACCAUAAUUGGCAUUUUUGACUCGGGAAUAUGGCCGGAAUCAGAAUGUUUUAAUGACAAGGGAAUCGGUCCAAUCCCAUCGCGAUGGAAAGGAACUUGCACCCGAGGUUAUGAUUUCAAUUCUUCCUGCUGCAACAGAUCUGGCCGUGUGCAUUGUUGGUGGCGGCGGUGAUGGACUGAUUUUGAGAUGGCGGUGGAGAAGAUGACGUAGAGGUGGAGAGAUUAAGGUUUUGUUGGUGAUGGAAAGAUUAGGGUUUUUUAGUGGUGGUGGUGUCUCAGAUUUGGGUUUUUGGUGGUGGUGGUGUCUCAGAUUAGGAUUUAGGUGGUGUUGGAGAGAUUAGGGUUUUUUGGUGGUGGUAGUGUCUCAGAUCUGGCCAUGUGUAUUUGUUAAAAGUCAAAUACAAAUACAUUCAAAAAUCUACAUCUUACAAAUACACUGUUUUGAAUGUAUUUGUCUUUGUACUUUUGAGUGCAUUUUUAGUGUAUUUUGUUAAUAGCCAAACACAU